AUGGCGAAGCCGCGGCGCUCACACGAGGAGAUCGAGGCUGAGCAGGAGAUGGAGCUGCUGAGGCAGGAGGCCAUGGAGGCCGAGGAGCGGAGCAGGCCGCUGCAGUCUCUUCCGGCCCAAACCGCCAAGCUGCUGCUGGAGAUCCUGUCAGAGUCGCAGGUGUUUCAGCAGAACUUGGAGGACCAGCAGCUGGAUCUUUGCCACGAGGUCUCCCGCGACGAGGUGCAGGAGGCGCUGUUCCUGUUGAAGACUUCCAGCACAGAGCGGGAGGCAACGGCGAUCCUCGACUGCUUCCCAGGUGAUGCCCCCCACCUCACCAUUUUCGAGCUCUGCGCGCGUGUAGGCCGUGGGGACCUGCUGCGGAGCCUGCAGAGCGCGGCGCAGGGCAAGCUGCGGGACCUGAUCUUCGGGGGCCGGGCCAGCCUGCAACAGGUUUUCCGGCUGCUGCGCGCUGGCGCGGAGCUGUCUCGGCAGAAUCUCAGCUCCUUUGUGAACCUGAAGGCAGGAGCUUGGACCUCGCAAGGGCAUGGGGGUCGCUUCAUCCUGGGCCUCCGGCACUCCUUUGCACUGGGCGCCCAGUCUUAG